AUGUCUGACGAUUCCAAGGGGAAAAGCUUCCCAGAUGUUUCUGCGAAGCUAUCGGCGCUUCCCAAGAAAUCACUAUUCGAGAAGCAAAAGGCUGAAGCAGAGGCAAAGCGCAUUCGAGAACAAGCUGAAAAUGCCGCAGCACUGGAGGACUUUGUGAAAUCAUUUGAUGAUGAGGCUCCAGCUGGACCGUCGUCCUCUGCUGGACGAUUGAAUACACAAGGUGGCAGGGGUGGUGGGUUUGGAGCGCCUUCCAAACGGCACUUCUCAGGUUCCUCUACAGCACGUACUAGUGGACCAGGCACGUUAGGCCCGCCUCCUCCCUCACUUUCCCGCAAACGUCCCCACGACGGUUUCUUCCCCGCUUCGCAUCGCGAUCAGCCAAGACCCGACAACGCCAACAUGUCUUCUGGGUCAAACUCAGCAUUCGGGGACUCUAGCGCCGACAGGGCGGCGGAGGAGGCGGAACGGGCAGCGGCUAGGCCCACUUUGUACCUCGCGUCGCUACCUCCUGGGACAUCUCCAGCGGCCAUCAAGGCUUGGAUACCCACCGUCUUGAAAGUUGAGGACGUGAAGAUUGUAACCCCACCUAUGCAGAGCCCGACCCAGAGACGGUCGUCGGCCGCGAUUGUGAUCCUCGCAAGUGAUACAGCCGCCUCAGAUAUCGACUCCACCGUGAGCACCCUCCAAAACAAGUACAUCGGUUUUGGCUACUAUCUCAAUCUCGCUCGGUAUCUUUCUUCUGCCGCCAUCUCUUCAAACACGCCUUUGCCCGCGGGUCUUUCAUCCACCCCUUCUCUUCCCUUUGGCGCAAAGCUCGUUCAGCCCAAUACCGGUGGAGGUAUGGGUCGCGCUCCCCCACCGGGUCUACAUCAUGGAGGCUUCGCGCCUCCCUCCUCUUAUGCACCCAAUGCUGGUGCAACUGGUCCCACUUACGUAGUUCAGGUGAAAGUGCCAUCAAGCAUCAACCAAGUGAGAAUGAUCCAUAUGACACUCGAGCAUCUGUUAAACCACGGUCCGGAGUUCGAGGCACUGUUGAUGAGCCGACCUGAAAUUCAACAAGCCGAAAAGUGGGCCUGGCUUUAUGACGCCCGAUCAACUGGGGGAGUCUAUUACCGCUGGAAAUUGUGGCAAAUCAUCACAAACCCCGAUAAUGACAGGCAGAAGGCCCGCCAGCCAGCCAGGAUAUUCGAGGAUGGUCCACUGUGGCUACCCCCAGAGAACGAACUUAAGUUCGAAUUUGUCACUCGGCUUGAAGAAUUUGUUGAUCAUGAAGACUACAACUCCUCUGACGAAGAAAACUCGGACGUGGAAGAUGAACGACGCAACCGUGGCGGGGCGCCUCCAGAAGGGGCUGAUGCACACAGCAAUGGCACUGGCUUCUUAGGUGCUCUGAAGAAGGCCAAAUUGGUUCACCUCCUAGCACGACUCCCGACUCACCAAGCGACACUCCGGCGCGGCGAUAUUGCACGUCUCACAGCAUUUGCAAUGGAUCACGUUGAACGUGGGGCGGAUGAAAUCGUGCAACUGAUUGUUUACAAUAUCCUCCGUCCAUUGGUGUACACUAGUGCCAAUCCGAACCGUGAAACGGUACAGAAUGCCGCCUCGUCCAAAGAAGCGCCCGACGCGACUGUCGAGGACAAUGAUCAUCUCGCCUCCAAAAAGGCGUUUGAUCCAUCCGGUGCUAAGAUAGUCGCCCUCUACGUUGUUCAUGAUAUCCUUUGUGCCGCAAGUAACAGCGGUGUGCGCCAUUCCUGGCGAUACCGUCAUCUGUUUGAAAACGCACUCCGUGCAAAAGAGGUUUUCGAGCACCUCGGUCGUCUCGACAAAGAUCUCAAUUGGGGACGGAUGAAAGCUCAAAAGUGGAAGGAUAGUGUUGGGUGGCUUCUUAACCGGUGGGAGGGGAUGAAUUGCUUUACCCAAGCGAACCAGGAGCAUUUCACCAAAGUGCUCGAAAAGCCACCACUCACCGAGGCUGAGACGCUUCUUGAACAAGAGAAGGCCGAAGCAGAGAAGUCUGCCGCGGCCUUUGCCAAGAGCAAGAGCCGAUGGAAGACCGUUGAUGAAGAGGCGUCCGCUGGGCAGUCUGAACCCUCUCGCCCUGGAAGUGUCAAAUAUUCGGACGCUCAGCCCAAUUUCGCAGAGGACGAAUCCAUGAGUGACAUUGAUGGCAUCCCAAUGGCUGACAGUGAUCAUGAGAUGGAGAUGGACGAAGGAAAGCCCAUCGACAAGGCGCAGCUGCCGCCCCAGCAAGAUACCCAACCUGAAUCAACUCAACAACCUGAUUCAUCAUCCGACAAACCUGAAAGACCAGCUGGGCAGCAGGUGCCAGAAACCCGACGACGUCGACCUCGGCCCAAAGCUGAGGACAUGUUCGCCUCUGAAUCGGAAUGA